CCCUCUGCUUCGGGACCCCAGAGAGAAAACCGGCCACCGUCGACUUGCUGGUAGCCGUGCCAUCUCCGGUGAUUGCCAAUUUCUGCACCCGCCGAGAAGCACUCUGGACACAGCUCGAUGUCCGGACAAUCUGUACAGCGGAGCCGCAGAUUGGUGACGUCUGCGAGGCAGUUGACGCAGUACUUCUUCCCCAGGUCCGCCAUGUUGCCUGGCUCUUGCUCUCCUGUUGUUGGAGGAGACGGCAGCACGCGCAUGCGCCGUGGUAACUCCCCGCGCGCGGCUCGUCCACGCGCGCGUCAUAUGAUUGGCUGCUGUGUUUCCAAGACAACCCAAGGCACGCGGAGAGAAGCUGGAGCUGGCUCCGUCGAUUGAAAUCGUUCAUUGAAAUCGAAUUGAUCGGAAAGACAUGAAUAUGGAUGCAGCAGCGCCUGCGAGUGAGGGAGUGGAAAACCCUGUCUCUAAUUUGGAUCCAAAAUCUGAGAAUGAAAAAGAUGCGGCUGGACCUUCUGGUGGACAAGAUCAAGUGGAGUCCUCUGAACCGACCACAGUGGAAGCUGGAGCCACAUCACUUGAAGAAACACACCGCACAAAUGGCAGCCAGUCUGACGACGAGAGCGUAGAGUUUGAUGUAAACGGUGAGGAUGGAGGCACCGCACUCCAGCAUCAGCUAGAGAUGCCAAUAGCGGAAGAGAAAGAACUGGCCAGAAGUCCAGCAGGUGAUGAUGAUCUCACCGAUGACCAGCUCCUUCGUGACCUUACAGAGGAGGAGAGCAAGGCAAGAGAACAAAACACUGUCUUACAGUCCAGGCUGGUCAAAGUGUUGCAGGAGACCACAGUAGAUGCUCAGCAAGACGAAGAAGUCCUAAAGUGGAUCCACGCCAAACACCUGAAGCUACUGGCAGAAAUGAAACAGCAGGAAGCAGCGGAGCUGGAGAAGAUUGAGCAGUUGUGCUUCUCCGAUUCAGUGCUCCAGGAGAGACUGGAUGAGGUGAAACAAGAGUGGCAUUCAUUAUUCGCCCAUCAACAGGAAGUGGCUGUGAAGGUUCUCAGUCGACGUCAGAGUAAAGACGCUUCCCAGGCACAAGUUGCCUCUGCUGUCAAAGUUCUGCAGGACCUCGAGGAGAAAGUCAUCCAGAAGUCUUGCGACAACAUUCGCCUGAAAAUGGUGAAUGACGUGUUAGAAGCAAAGUUUCGUGAUGAGGUGACACAGCUCUCCAGCGCCACCAAGACACUGGUGGAGAAGCUGAACAGGUUGCAGACAGCAAAACUGGCAGAUCAUCAAAGGGAAAAGUGGUCAGAGCUGGAGAAGAAGUACAAUGUCAGUGUGCAGGUCCUAUCCAACGUGAAGGAGAAGAUCCGCUGGGCUCAUGAGAAAAUGCAGGCCAAUGAGAGCCGCCUUGUCCAACUGGAGGCAACUUUGGCCCAUGAGAUAAGCCUUAUGAGCCAAACCAGGCAGGGUUGCUAUCACCUGAACGGAGAGAAAGCCAAGUUGAAGGAGUGCUUCGUGCUGCAUGGAAACAAGCUCGUUCAGGAUUACAACAACACACUGGAGGACUGUCGGCAACUGGAGGAUUCGCUGGAGAAAAUCAAAACCAGAUGGGCGGAGCUUAACAACAGUCACUGACAAUUUCCUUGUCGGGAUUACUUUGUUGUUUACCCUGUAAAGAUACUUGACACGAUUCGCAAUGUAUGUGUUGAACGUGACUGAUUCACAUGUCAUGUCACAGUAGAUGUUUUAACUCAAUGAAACAAAAUACAUUUGUGUUUCCUCUUCAUCCUGUACACCUUGUGUGUAUUUAUCAAGCAGUUAAUGUCAUGUUUAUAUCUGGCCGAGGCCCACACAGGAAUCGUUUUCGUGGAUGUCACUGUCUUCUUUUUUGACGUUGAUAACUGGAGUGCACUCAGCUUGGCUGUGAUUUCAGUCUCACCAGUUGUUUCUGUGGUG